AUGGACGGCCUCACUCUCACGAGGGGAUACUUCACCGUACCUCCUGUUCGCAACUGGUCUUCUGCUACUUGGCAUCAGGCAAAGAGAAUCGGCAAAGAGCCGGAGCCCGCUCUGCUCAAGGCUCCAACCGACGUACCCAACAUCAUGGGUGUUCUGAGAUCCAACAUGAUCAACAUCACAUCGGCCAGCGUCCAGCAGAACCUUUGGCGAGAUGGAGACAACCACCGAAGCUUUGUGACAGGCCCCGAGCAGAAGUAUGACGAGGCUUUCUGGGUAUCAGCUAUGCCGGCAGGCACCACGACUGGCCCCCUCAGACAGCACUCCGUUAGGCUCAGCUCGACCGCCGACUGCCUGGUGGUGGCUAGUGAUGAAUUCCCAUCGAAAUGCGACGGCUUCUCGACCGCUCUCGAAGGCUUUGGGGUCGGGAUCAGAAUUUGCAUGCCGGACAACUACAAGCACGCCGAAGUCGAGCGGGUGUUGCCGCCUCCACGGCAGCAAAAGGACAUUGAGGAAUUCUUGUUUAUCGACGCGCAAAUCAGCAGCGAGGCAUCGCAAGCUCACGACUUCAUCUCGGAUUCUGCUGAAAAUGUAACGAUCAUGUGCACAGCCAAGACAACUCGUGCGUUCUUCGAAUUGGGCAAUUUCUACACCAAGCUUCGCCCGUCUGGGAUCGUUGGACUAUGGCCAACAGAUGCGGAAAUGAGAGAGGAGUUCCACGAUUACGACUGGCUGGGCAAUCUCAUAACCGCACAGCCUGAUGAAGAAUGGAACCGCGAUGUGUACGGUGGGUGGGCGUCGUCUCAAGGUCCUUUGAGACCCACCGUCGAGUCUCUGUUCGGCGAAGGCUCAUACCCGCGAUCUGUGCUUGAUUUCUUGAACCAGACGUUUCCCGAUGGCCAGAUACCCGAGAACUUUACCGCCUCUGACGACGCUACUCGCAAAACCCAAAAUAAGGGAUGCGCCCUGGAACCGCCACUGCGUGAUUGGCAGUUGCCGUACAACUCCAACAACGACGAAUACGACUCCUGGUACCCUUCCAUCUACAACGGAUGCACGCUGCCGAAGCUUCCGAAAUCGAUCUUCAGGAUGACCCAAGGCCUGCGCCACUCGACGGUCGUGCAGAGCACUCUGGGCGUCGGCAUGUACCUGUCCAACGUCGCUGUGCUGCAAGACGCGGCAUCCAACGAUGCGGCGAGGACGAUUUACAACCUCACCGGCACCGAGUUCGUCGCACCGCGAUACAGCCUCGGCGCCACCGUUGGGCUCAGCGCACUCAUCAGCAUCCAGGCAAUCUGCCUCACCCUCCUUGUAUGGUACAUCUGUCGCCUACCAACGUGGACCGAGACCCUGGAUUCAUUCGCCAUGAUGAGAAUCGGGGCUCAGCUGAAGGAUACUACAAAUCUCCCCCCUCUGGGCCGCGCUAGUCGCGAUGACUUGUACAAGCUGGGCGAAGUAGACGGGCUGAUCGGCGUCGUCCCCGGCCCCGGCACAACAACAGAAGACGACCUCGAGAUGCGCACCAUGUCCACCCGGCCCCUUCGUAACGUAAACGCUUCGCACCAGUACGAGGUGGUAAGGCCGGCAUCGCGAGCCAGCUCGGUCAGCUCGAUCUCAACCAUGGACCUGCCGGCAGUGCCUCCGCAGACGCGCCAGUUCGCACGAGACAACAUCCCAGGAAUGUCCGCAAGCGACCUCAGCUCGUAUCUGCAAGGAGGGGGCCUGGCGUCUCCGUCGGUGUCUUCGGUGUCCUCUGUGGCGUCCUUCAGGAGCCCGUCUCCGCCGCCGCCUUAUCUGCCGGCGACGUCUUCCACGAGGGAUCAGCGGGCUGGGUUGCCGUAUGAGUUGGGCCUGGGCGCCCCGGGGCUGAUUACGAAAGCUUUGUGGAAGAGGAAUGAGGAGAAGUAG